UCUCCAACCUCCAGACAAUAAAAACAAGGCGAAGCCCGCACACAGACCGACGGCAGCAGCAUCUCCAUUCAACCAGCCCUGGUGCUCCGGAGCCCCCCAGUGUGAGGCGGUUCAGAGCUCUCAACCCCGCCGAGGGCAGGAGUAUGGAUACAUGGCCGCCGAGCUGCAGGGACUAGAGAUGUAGUUGCGAGGAUGCCGGCCAACUACAUCUCUCGUGUGCUCCUCUUCGUGUGGAUCUGCGCGCUUUGGGAGGCGCUGGCCAAAUCUCUUCCAGAUCAGGGAGCAUUUGAGGUGCAAAUCAAAGUCCAGGUGUUCGACAACAGCGACCUGUCGCCGCUGGCCAACGCCCACGUGGAAGUCCAUGGCAACCAGACCGUGUUGGCGUCCAGCCGGGCCGGCAGCGAUGGCGUCCUGAGAGUCAACUUCCUGUACCGCACGGGAACCUGGGUCAUCAUUACGGCCUCAAAACAAGACUACGUCACCAACUCGGUGCCCUGGCACUCGAGCCGGAUCCCCUUGUAUGCAUCAGUCAGCCUGUAUCUCCUCGUUCAGAGGCCAGGAACCCUCAUUCUGUACGAUGACGUCCUGCAGGUGCUGUCUGGGUCACCAGGAGCUCGUAACCAGCCGCUGGUGCAGCUGCAGAGGAAGUCCCUUCAGCUGCCGUCCAACUCCAACUACACGGCGCUGUCGGCUGCGCUGACCACGGCCAGGACGCAGUAUGAGAUCGGGGGGUUCCCGUUCCUCCUGGGCCAAGAGACCAACAGCUCAGGUGCAGAAACCGGGUGGACGGACUUGACGGGUUUGGCCGUGGUCAGCAUCCAGCUCUUCGACAAAGACGGCGGCGCGAUCCAGGUCUCCGAUCCGAUCCACAUCUCUGUGCCGCUGCCGUCCGACACCCGCAACAGGAUGGCCACGAGUGUACCUGCUUGGCUGUAUCAGCCUAAGACGGGACUGUGGGUCAGGAACGGGACCGGAUACAUCAAAAAGGAGGGAAACCAGUUCAUCUGGAACGUUGUGGUUCCUCAGAUGGGAUACUGGUUAGCCGCCUUCCCUUCGUCUUCAGGAUUGGGUCUGUCUCAUCCGGGCUUGAGGGACAUCACUACCUACCACACCCUGUUCCUGCUCUCCAUCCUGGGCUCGCUGGCCCUGCUGGUGCUCAUCCUGCUCUGUGUGCUGCUCUACUACUGCAGGUGUGGGGAGCGUAGGCGCAGGCGGAAGUGCUUAAAACCUCGUCGACAGCAAGGGAAACCCCACACGGCCAAUCUGAACGGCGCUAAGCGAGACCAGGGUACGUCCACGUCGCGCCUCAAUCUGAUCUGCGGAGGCCACGCAGAGUCCGGACCCUCUAACGACAAAUCCGAAAUGUCCCCAUCUCGAGACUACCAGAGCUCGAGGGAGGACUUGACCAAACACGUUCCAGCUCACAUGUUGCGACACGCGAAGGGAAAGAACGCGUCGGGUCCACAACGUGGUGAAAGCUUCCCCAUGAAGGUCACACGGGCCACAGAAACCAACAACCUGGACAACCCUUUGCUGCAUGAAGACUACAACCGGAGCUACAGCCCCAUGGAGGGCAAGGAGUCCGAAUAUCACCGACACCACAACGCCAACGACAAUCGAGGAUACUCCUCCGAUCCGCCGUCCCCGCCUCGCUUCCAAGGCUAUGUGCCGAGCCAGUCGGACAAACCGCCAGAAUAUUCGGCAGCAGCUGCGGACAGUCUCGCCAGACCCACGUCCCUCAACACCCAACCAGGUCAGAUCAUCUUCUGCAGCUCCAUUGACCAGAUGAAGGAGAACAUGUACCGGAGCAUGGUGCCGACCCUCGUCAUCCCAGCCCACUAUAUGCGCCUGCCCUCCGAGUUCUCCGGAAAAGACGGCAAAGACCAGAAGGAUCAAGACAAAGACGGCGCUCAGAUGGGAGGAGGCCAGCAGCAUCAUCACCACCACUCCCAGAAACAAGGCCAACUGCAGCAACAGCAGCAAGGCGGAUCCCAAGGCGACGACUCAGAGGAGCCGAGCUGGGCGUCUGACUCCUCCGGUGGACCGGUGACCAUCCCGGUGCUCUUUAACGACUCCACCAUGGCUCAGAUGAACGGGGAACUGCAGGCAUUGACGGAGAAGAAGCUGCUGGAGCUGGGUGUUAAACAGCACCCGAGGGCGUGGUUCAUCUCGCUGGAUGGACGCAAUAACGCUCACGUGCGCCAUUCCUACAUAGAUGCUGGGAAUGACCUCAGUGGUGGCGGCGGUGGCGGCGGUGGUGGAUUCUUAGGUGGUCCCAGCAGCGCUGGCCGAGACGUCAACCUCGAACCACCUCUGGAGUCCCAAGAACGCAAGUCGGCAGUCAAUCGGAAGGGAAAAGACGAGCGCUGGGGGACAGGAGGGCGUAAGGGCCACGGUGUUAGCGGCGGCGGGAAGAGUUACUCCAAGCUGGCCUACCCUGACCACAGCGAGCCCAGCAGCAGCAGCGAGGGACGCCCGGUCUCACCCGAGGAGAACUCCCUCACCCCGCUCCUUGACGAAGGUCCGUCCUCCCGAGGAUCCACCAUCCCCAGAAGGGGACGCAGCCGAGUGAACAGCAGCCGCAGCAGCAACAGCGAGAACCGCCGCGACUCCAUGACGAGCCCCGAGGACGACCCCGAUGACAAAGACGAGAACAAGAAGAGCCCCUGGCAGAAGAUCGAAGACCGGCCUCUGAUGGUCUUCCACCCCAGGAAGUGAGCCUCUUUUGAACUUGGUGAACACUUGGACCUUUUAACAAUCUUUUUGGGGAUCUGAGGGGGAAUCUGUCCACAUCAAACAUGGAAGAAGAGCGAUGUUUUCACCGAGAGAGAUCGCGAUAAGCACAACCACGCUUCACUGGUCCAUUUUCAGGUUGUUGUCUGGCCUUUGUGUUCCUGGUGAGGUGCUUUUUGCACUUUCUGAUGACUCUCGUAGUAUCACUGUCACUUAAUCCUUCUGGUUUCCACUGAGAUGAUCUGUUGUGUACUGAAACCUUCCCAGUUUGUUGUGAAUUCUGUCACCUUUCACACCACUGAACCAUCGUCUGAGCCAUCGCAAAUACUGACUGUGGAAAUAGCCAUUUUAUAGAGCAAAAUAUAAGAAUAAAGCACUUACUAAUAAUUUGAUAAUCGAUUGAUUGAUACUUAACAAGUAUUUGAAAGUGGAUGACCUUUCUUUUUUAUGGGUUUGUUUAGGUGAAUUAGAUUCCCUUCCCUGGAUAAAGGUUCAUAUUAAUGGAUGUGUUUCCUUGACUACUUCCCUAAACUGUAACUCGGAUAAGUUUUCUUUGAAGGAAACGAGCUUGAAUAUGUAGUCAACCUUUGUUUUCUUGAGUCCCUGUGAACGGAUAAUGCGAUCUCUAAAGUCCGACUUGCAUUUUGCUCCUGCAGGGAUGUACUUCCUCUUCCUCCUGUACUGUGUUCAUGUGUUCAGAUUACUUAUUCAGACAUUUAAAAACGUCAUCCUUUUCUGUUAUCGAUUUAUCGCAGCGAUCUACAAUUCUGCCAAAAUCUUCUGCCUUUCUCCCGUUGUUGAGAGAUUUUUCGAGGCCAACAGAAGACAUCUUUUUCGAUUAGUUUUGUUGUGUAAAUAGAUUCCCGGACGUUUGAAAGACCAUUUUUUUUUGGUAUAGAAAGGCUGCAUGCAUACAAUAUGAAUGUAUGAAAUAAACAGAAAGGCACCAAAAGGCCCCCCCACAGUUCUUCGGGCUCAUGCGUUGACAAACUCCCUCGAAUCGCCAAGAGAAAGUAAGACACGGCUGAGCAGAAAAACAUCACUUUACUUGAAGACUCACCUGUUUAAUAUUCUGCUGAGAUUUACAGGGGGUUGUUUUAGUCGACAGAGCCUGUACCACUUCUCUCCUGUAAGUGCCUUCUUUCACAUAGGAUCGAGUGAUAGGCAUGCAGGUCCCUUUUUAAAAACAUAAAUACAAAUAAAUGCAGUCAGUCGUCACCGAAAACGAAGCUGUCGAUCUCGGCCGGCACUAAUAAGCACACUGCAUUGUGGUUAACAAUGACUCGCGUCACUCUGGGGAGCAUGCCUGCCAAAAAAAACCAACACCUUUUCUUGCGGCUGUUAACGUCCUUGAAUAUCUUGAUUUUAUUGUAUCUAUUCCUCUUUUUUCACCAAACUUGUAAAUGGUAUGAUGAACUAUAUGAGAUUUUAAUGUGUAUACGAUGUGCAUGUAACAUGUAGAAUAGGGUGUUUUUUUCAAUGAAAACCUUCGAUCCAGGAUGUUUGGCACCAUAAUGUGACGUGCACUGAUGCAUUGAAUUGCCAAAUGAACUCGGUUAUAUGAAGACACGCUGAUUUUAAUUUUAUUUUUAUUUUCCCUUAAUCCAGUUCUAACAAAAAUUCACUUCCGGUCGUAAUUGUUUACAACAAUAACAUACUGACCAACACGCGCCCGCUGUUACUAGCAUCACCACUGCCUACGACGCAUCAACAACUGUGAACUUAAUUAUGUCAUCUAGCAGAUUCGUAAUUAACAAAAAGCUCCACGGUUUAUAAAACUUGAAGGUUUUUUUUUUGUUGUUUUUUUAUUUCCAGGUUGCAACGGAGUAUUAGGGCCGGACUAAAACUUUUUGGAAAUUACGAGAAUAAAGUCGCAAUAUUUAAACAGUUUUGCUGGAUGAGCAAAUAAAAUAUUCUUGUAAUAUUACGACUUUAUUCUCGUAAAGUUACGACUUUAUUAUCGUAAUGUUACGACUUUAUUCUCGUAGAUCUAAUGUUACGACUUUAUUCUCGUAAUGUUACGAUUUUAUUCUCGUAAUGUUACGAUUUUAUCGUAAUGUUACGACUUUAUUCUCCUAGACCUAAUAUUAUGAGUUUAUUAUCGUAAUGUUACGACUUUAUUCUCCUAGACCUAAUAUUAUGAGUUUAUUAUCGUAAUGUUACGACUUUAUUAUCGUAAUGUUACGACUUUAUUAUCGUAAUGUUACGACUUUAUUCUCCUAGACCUAAUAUUAUGACUUUAUUAUCGUAAUGUUACGACUUUAUUCUCCUAGACCUAAUAUUAUGAGUUUAUUAUCGUAAUGUUACGACUUUAUUAUCGUAAUGUUACGACUUUAUUCUCCUAGACCUAAUGUUAUGACUUUAUUAUCGUAAUGUUACAACUUUAUUCUUGUAGACCUAAUAUUACGACCUUAUUCUCAUAAUCCCCCCCGAAAAAAAUUCUCUUAGUCUGGGCCUAAUACUCCGUCGUACCAGGUUGAUUUAUUGAAGUGAAAAUCUUGAAAGCUGUAUAAAAGUCACGCUGACUUGUUGGUCCUCUUUCACCAUUUGCUUGCUGUUCAUACGCCUGUGUCAGUAGCCUACAGUACAAACUGAAAAUGUGAUGUAAUUCAGAGUCUGAAGAGUAAAAAACAGCCAUGAUUCCUACUGAACUGUCGUGUCCCACUGCUGUAAAUGUACGUUUUUUGGACCAGAUAUGGAAUUAAUUAUGAGUUGUGCAUUUGUGGCUUUUUCCUGGCUUGUUUUUGUUGGUUUCACAUGAGGAAAAUCUGUUUUCUCAGUAGGUUUUUUUGUGAACUGGAUCCCUGAGAGGACACGUUAAACCUUCCUUUGUUGGAUUUUUAUUUUACAUUUUGUUUUGGUAGUACAACCACACGUGAGGGUCGGGAGGAGAUUGAACUGUAGGCCUUCAUCCUGUGCAGUAAAAUCAUUUGCUUCAUAAACCUGGUCAGUUGUUUGUAAACUGUAAACUGAUUCUUUCUGUACAUGAGACGAAAUAGAAAUAAAUUUGUUCCCACGGUC